GCGGCGGCGGCGCCCGGGCCGGACCCGCGGGGCUUGAAGACCUGGAAUCGUGUCGCCUGGACUCCCAUGCAGGGCAGGGGCUGCAGAGCCAGAGCUACGGGCUGCUGAGCGCUGGACUCGCGGGUGGUGCUGUCCUCGCAGCUGGCGGGAGCACCAUGAGCACGAGAAAGCGUCGUGGCGGAGCGAAUUCUAGACAAGCCCAGAAGAGAGCGCGGGAAGCAGCCUCCACCCCCGAGAUGGCCUUGGAAGCAGAGCCCAUCGAGCUCGUGGAGAGCGCCGGAGACGAAAUCGUGGACCUCACCUGUGAGUCUUUGGAGCCCGUGGUCGUCGACCUGACCCAUAACGACUCCGUGGUGAUCGUCGAUGAAAGGAGGCGGCCUAGGAGGAACGCGAGGCGGCCACGCCAGGACCACGCCGACAGCUGUGUGGUGAGCAGCGAUGAGGAGGAGCUCUCCCGGGACAGAGACGUGUAUGUCACCACCCACUCUGCCAGAAACGCCCGGGAAGAGGGUGCCCCAGGACUCAGGCCCUCCGGUACUGUCAGCUGUCCAAUCUGCAUGGAUGGAUACUCAGAGAUCGUGCAGAAUGGCCGCCUCAUUGUGUCCACAGAGUGCGGCCACGUCUUUUGCAGCCAGUGUCUCCGUGACUCCCUCAAGAACGCUAACACUUGCCCCACGUGCAGGAAAAAGAUCAGCCACAAACGCUACCACCCCAUUUAUAUAUGAAGUGUUGCGAGCUGCUUGGGGGAGAUGGAUGGACAGACGGACGGCCU